AUGCCUGGCGUACCCCCCGACGCGGUCGAUAAGGUCAAGCUUGUCUUCAAGAACAUCUUCGGCAAGAAGAAAGACAAGAAAAGCAACACUGACGAGGCUGCCCCAACGUCUACCUCUGAGGCCGCAAGCUCCACUCCGAACCCCACCGAAUCAUCACCUCCUCCACCGGCCCCGGCCACCGCACCUACGCCCGCUAAGACAGAGACCACCAAGCCGAGUGAGCCAGCAGCACCAGCGGCCGUUGCUGCUGAACCCGAGCCAAAGAAACCCGAAGCUGCUGUGCCUACCGAGGCGAAGAAGGAGACUGAAACUCCCCAGCCUCCUACCAGCGCCGCUGCUCCUACACCUCUAGCAACCGAAGCCCCCAAACCCUCCACGUCUGAACCUGUUCCAACCGAGCCGAAGCCAACUGAGGCCCCCGUAGCUCAGGAACCACCUCCAGCCAUUCCGACAACAAAACCUGCCCCGGGUAUGAGUGCCACUUCGGGUCCAAUGGGGGAUGUGCCCGAUUUCAGCGACGAGGCUACAAAAGCAGAGCCCGUCAAAGUGGAAGAGCCUGCGAAGGAAGAACCCGUGAAGGAGCCUGCCCCUACCCCGGCAGUCGCUCCAGUGGCUGCCGCUGAGGCGACUCCAGUUGAGAAGAAGUAGAUGGCGGUUGGCUGCUAGCUCAUCCGAUGUAUGAUUGGGACAAUCACACACUUGUUGCAGGGUCGUAAACCUGGCAAAUGUUUCACUGGAACAUGAACCAAACAUGACGCUUGAGUGUUUGUCGAGUUUUGAUUCUGCUCGCCUUGAGUGCAUAUG